UGAAGCGAGUCAGGGAGUUGCUGAUAAGUUAUGAUUUGGGCUUAACCUUAAUAUUCACUUCCACCAAGAAUCGGUUUUCCCGAUUAAUGUUCACUUUCCAUCCUGAUUGUUGACCAAUUUUGGCGCAUCUUGAUGCUCUUUUCUAUCUAUUUAGCUAGGAACUCGAACUACGCCCACACCGGUCUCAUCUAAUCCUAGCCAAGAUGGAUUUGGGGGUCGCGACGAAGGACUUUGAGAAACGUAUCAAAGCAGUUGAAAAGGAAUCUGCGGCACGCGAGCAGGCUGCUGUUGCGAAGUGUUAUGAGGCUUUUUUUAGGUGAAGACUCGUUUUCAGGGUCAAUGAGCAAGAUCAAGAUCAAGCAGUGGUCUCAACAUCCUUUGUCCUUGACACCCCUGUAUUGAAAACUCCUAGCCACCUAGUUCAGCAUCUUCUACGGUCCAUAGUUCUACUUUUCUAAGACCUUGAAACCGAACAUGCGACAAAGA